AUGGAAGAUACAUCAUAUAAUGCAUACAUGAGCGAAGUGCAAUCAUCCAACACGAUAUAUAACGACGCGAACGAGAAGGAGGCGAGGGACAAUGAGAGCGCCAUCAACAGUUAUAACUUCAGCCAGACGAUUAACCCCUACUACGAGUACGUGAAUGAUGAGGCCGCCGCUGCUCACAGGGGGGAAGGCGACGCAGACACUGUAAAGGUGGCCAGCACCUACGGGAGUGUGGGCAAGCCGGCCAUGAGCAACAUGACCAAUGUGAGCGGCAUGACGAAUGUGAGUGGCAUGACCAACGUGAGUGGCAGCCCCAGCGCCAACUGCCCGGAGGACCCCCUGAAAAACGGCUCCUUUGACCCUAGUGCAUCUACCAACAGCGGAAACUAUCAGCACCACUUAGUGCAUAAUUACAUGUACAGCCAGAACGGAGGAAACCUCAACGGUGGUGGUGGCAGUAGCGGCGGGAUUGGUCCCCCUCAGGAAGAGGGCAACCCCAAUGGACCCUCGAGCAACCCCCCCAAUGGAAUUGAUGGCAACGUGGGGAAAGGUGCAGAAGAUGAAGAGAAUGUUGGAGGCCAGGAAGUCUCCUUCGAAUCAGCCAAUGGAGAGUACGCAGAUCAAAUGGGCCACCAAAAUGGCAUCCCCAUGAGUAACCAGUUUUCCCAUUUUGAAAGUAUAACAGAUGUGAACCGAACGAAUGGAAGUAACCACCACCACCACACCCCCUACGAUGCGGACUUCAUAGGUAGUGACAAUCCGGCGAAUCUGGUUGACUACGAAAAGAGAGGAGGCAACAGCAGUGACAUCCCCCCAGGGGUUCUAGAGUAUCUUAAUUAUUAUAGGAAGUAUGGCAAUGGGUAUAGCAAUGGGUAUGGCGGCGGGGAGUUCGAGGGACGCGCGUUCGGAAGUGGCGGCCAUGUGAAUGGAUCCCAUGUGAAAGACGCCAACGAGAAGGAAGGAGAGUUUUACCCGAUGAAUGCCGCCUCCCCCCCCAGGGGUUCAGCCCUAUUGAACGAUGGCGGCAAGGGUGAAGAAAACGCCGGAGAGAGUAGAAUGCAGAGGAGCAGCAUGGCGUACCACCACUCGCCCAGCAAGUACUUUGAGGGCCGAGUCCCCGGGGGGAUGAUGCCCACCUAUGGGAAGGACAAAAUGGUGGGCAUGGCGAAUGGGAUGACGAGCGGCAUGUCAAACGGGAUGGCAAACGGGAUGGCGAGUGGCAUGUCGAAUGGCAUCCCAAACGGACACAACCUCAUCAACGCGAACGCAACGUCGACCACCACCACAACCUCCACCACGGCGACGAGCAAAGAUGCCAAUUACUAUUCCUCGCUGCGCCACGAACACAGCAGCAGUAGGGUUUUCCCAAUCGGCGAGUUUAACCAAAUGGGGGAGGAGGAAGAGGAGGCAGAAGAGGAUGAUGAAGACGGCGGGAAGAAAUGGCAACGCUUUAACAACCAGAGGUCAGCGAACGGCGGUUUCCCCAUGAUGGGCGCCACCAACAACGGUGCGGGCAACGGCUUCCACAAUGCUGCCGCUAUGCAUAGUGCCAACCAAUUUAGCGAGCCAAACGACUAUUACCACAAUGGCAUGUACGGCACGAAUGGCGGAAACGGGAUGGGAGGUGACCGAAUGGGGAGCGAUCGAAUGGGCGACCGUCGCAUGGAAGAGCCCGUUUCUCCAGUGCAGACGCAGAUGGGCAGGGGGUACUACCACGGACUUAACCUCAACGACUAUCGUAAGUUAAACAAGGGGAUCACCAAAGGCGCGAGAAGAGGAAGGAAGAAGAAGAGCGAGAGUGGCAUAGGAACCAUCGCCGCCACCGGAAGAGAAGAGCACACCAUGCGGAGCUGCAACAGCCGCCGCAGCAGUCGCCGCAGCAGCCACCGCAGCAGCUACCGGAGCAGCCGGCGCGGCAGUCGUGUGAGCAGCCACCGGGGCAGCCGCCGGAGCAGUCGGCGCGGCAGCGGCAUCGGCACCACGCUGGGCGCCGGCCUCGCCGCGAGCGUCAUCCCCAGCAUGAGUGCAAAUCAUGGCAGCGGUGCGAACCACGGUAGCGGCAUGAGUGCAAACCACAGCAGCGGCGGUGCGGCCAGCUACCCCGCGAGCCGCGCGCUGCCCACCCUCGUCAACAAUCAAGCCAAGCCGAGGAACAACUACCAUUUCUUCAACGCCUCCUUCUCAUUUGUCAAAAGGGAAUAUAACUUUAACUCUAGCAUCCGAAGGAAUUACAUUUCUUUUAGGAAUAAUUAUUAUGGGAAUAGGAAGCUGUGGCUGAAGCUGAACAUGCGAAAGCGUGCAGGCGGGUGUCCCUCCCUGGCCGUGCCCUCCGCAGUCGCAGCGGUUGAUACGGUUGGCAUUACGGGUGCCGCUAACCACGCUAACCUAGCCAAUACCGCUACCCCCGCUAGCAUGGCUGGAACGGCCGCGAGAGGGGAGGGGAGAGGCUACUACCAAAUGGGGGGUAGCUUUGGCCCAAGUGGAGACCCAGCAGGAACGGCCGUGAACUCCUUUCCCUAUGCCAGGGGGGGAGCAGUCAAAGGAGGAGUGGGAGGAGUGGGAAGAGGCAGAGGAGCGGAGCAGGACGAAAACGAUAUGAUGCUAAUGAUGGGAGUGAUUAACCCAGAAGACGACGAAGAAACUUACAGCAUGGGCAAGAAUGUGAAGAGGAGGAGGAGGAAGAGACGAAAGGGAGUGCUCACGGUAGUUAACAAUAAGACGAAGGGAACUCGUGGCAGGAAGAGACUAAAUACAGAUGAUAGUAGGAGGACAGUUGGAGGCGUAGGAAGAGGAAGGGGCAGAGGAAGAGGAUCCGGGCUAAACCGAGCAACAACCACAACGUCGAGCAGACUGCACAACAGCUCACUAGGCAUGCGCAUGAGUGGCGGUACCGCCCGGGGGGGCAGCACCGUGACCCACAGGUACAGGAGCUCCUCGGCCAUGCGGCACGCCGCGAGCAGAGGCGGCAACAGUGGAGGCGCUAACAGCGGCAGCUACAACCACUACGGGGUGGACCACCACUGCGGUGAGGACCCCCGGCUGGUGGACGACUUGGAAGACGAAACGUUCCUGCACGACGUCGCCAGGGGAAACAAAACGGAUGACGAGUGCAUUUACAGGGACGGCAGAAGAAGGCGCGCGCAGAAGGUGGAGGAGCGGGAGAGCAAAGUGAACCUCUGCGGCGACCACGUGCACAUGUGUAAAUACCUCAGUGACGACGACCUAACCUACGAGCCGUAUUGCAACUACUUCUUCAAAUCCGAUGAUAACAUCAGCGUGGCUAGCUACUUGAGGUUUUUUAAAAUUGUGAAUAAGAAGAGACUUAAAUUGAAGGCCAACCGCAUGUCCCCCAAGGUGACCUUCAACUACGAUACCUUCCUCACCUCCAUCGUCAGCACCAAUGAGUGGAAGCGCCGGGUGGAGGCCCAAUCGAAAGGGGAGGAAGGGGCCCAGCGGGGGAGCGACGCGAACGAGGCGGAGGCCGGCGCGAAGGAGCAGCCCAACGAGGGGGACGCCGCCAAAGGGGGAGAAGAGGGAGCGGCAGGCGAAGCGGGAGCGGCAGGUGAAGCGGAAGAAGCAGGCGAAGUAGGAGAAGCGGAAAAAGCGGAAGAAGCCAAUCAAACCAACCAAACCAAUCAAGCAAACCAAACCAGUCAAACCAGUCAAGCGGAUCAAACCAACCAGCCCAGCUUGGAGAGGCGUACCCUCCAGCAGCUGCUCCAGGAGGACAGCGAGGACCUGCUGGAGUGCACCCAAAUAAGCCCCUCCUUCCUCUUCCUCGUUCACGACAGCACCCUGGUGACGUGCUUAGAGAACAUCCUCAAAAAUAAAGUCGUCAGAACAAAGUACAUAGACUGCCUUCGGGGAGUGCUGCUCCACUUGAGGGAGAAAUUUGGCGACGUAGUGUUGUCCCCCCAGUUCCGUGGAAGAAGGGGUCGCCGACUGGCCCAUCAUUACAACGAGGUGGGGGGGGGAAUCAUCACCCAAGGGGAGUUGGAGGAUGGUGGCAAGCAAUUCAAGCAGGGAUAUGAGGAGGAAGAAGAGAGUGGUGCUACCGCUAGAGGAGGAAGCAUGCUGCAUAUGACCGGUGCGAGUAGUGCACUCAUGGGUACAGAACACACGAGAAGGUAUAAAGGAAGAAACGUAGAUGUAGGAGCAGAUGGUCGUCGCGUUGGAGCGGCAGGUGAUGCAGACGCGGGGGCGGCAGCUACAACCGCGAGUGGUGCUGCAACAACCCAUGGGGGAGAAAGAAGACGAAUGAGAGGCAGUGGAAGUGGUCGUGGAGGCACAUCAUCCGGCCAUACGAACAGACGUGGAAGGGGUAGCGGCAUGCAUUCAGGCCGAGGAAGAGGCCGAGGAAGAGGCCGAGGAGCAGCCGCCGCCGCCGCCGCAGCAGCAGCAGCAGGAGGGGGAGCACAUGGCAAUGCAGCCAACGGGUACUCCCUGAGGAGGAAGGGAGCCAACGGAGAGAAAUUCAUUUAUCGCAAUUUCGAGCAAAAGUAUAAUAAUAAAUAUUUUAUUAACGACGAUGCGUACCCCACGAAGGAGGCCUGUAUGAGUGGAAAGAGGAGGAAGAGUCACCAAGAGCAGCAGCAGAUGCAGCAAAUGCAGCAGAUGCACCUGCAGCAAGGGGGUAUGCCCGGUCAGGCCAUGAACCCAUCGAUGCAGCAGCAGAUGCAGAUGCAGCGCUUCUACAACAGAGGAGCAGAGGGGGACGACUUCGAAGACAUGGAUCCCAUGAGACUUCACCCGCAUGUGAUGAGAGGAGAUAUGAGCGGCGGCAACCUGAUGGGCAGCAGCGGAAACCCCCUCAACGGAAUGAACUACAACGAGCACAUGAACGUGAGCCACUUCUACAUCAAGGGGGAAAUGAAGGAUGGCCACGAUGGAGGAGGCUACGGCUACGAAAUGGACGAAAUGGGAAGGAGGAAGGCCGCAGCAGGAGGAGGGGUGCACAUUAUAGAAGAACAGAACGGAGGUGAGCAUGGCGAUUACCAUCACCACGGAAUGAUGGUAGACAUCAAGGAUGAGCUGUCGAUGGAGAACGGUCAUCACGAGCAGCAUGGGUUGAGGAUGAGCACCGCCACUGGUACGGCUACCUCCCCACCUGGUAUGGACACCGAUGGGGGAAAAAAUAGCUUCGGAGGAAUGGGCGGUGCGACUGACGUGGGGGGGGGCGCGGCCGGAGGGCUGAACGGCUCAUCCUCCACGAACGAUAACAGCAUGAUGGGGAUGAGCGGAAUGAGCGGCGUGGGCAUAGGCGGCGUCGGCGUGGAGGGGAAGAUCGAGUACAAGAACAAUGCGCACCAGAAGGUGGAGGGGAAGGAGAAGGUGAAGAGGAGGAGGAGGAGCCACUUCAACAGAAACAACCACGAAAUGAUGAAGGCCUACGGUGGCAUGUUGAAGGAAAACCCAAACAGUUUUAUGUAUAAGAAUUUAUCGAUGCAAAAAAAGGCAAAUAAUUACUCCUGUUUGAACUACAAGGAAAUAAAGGACCUGCUGAAGGACCUGACUGUGCUGAAGAGUGGUGCCAACUGGAAGACCUACAAGAUGGAAGAUGUGCCUAGCGAGUUAUAUAAGAACAUUCGGCCCAUUAACCAGCGGGUGACUGGCUUUAAGACCGUGUUGCUGGUGGACGAGCUGUUCGAGAGGCUGUGGGAGUUCCCCAGCACGGACAUCAUCAAGGUGCGAACCGUCACGCGUGGGGACCAGUUCAUCGGCGACAUCCGCAUAGACUUUUACUACCGCCAGAGCGAGCGCACGCUGUGCCGCGCGUGCGGCCGCCACAUCCUCAAGCAGAAGUUCGCCACGGAGCACUACCAGAGGAACAUCAACUGCUGGAAGGAAGUCAUGUGGAGACUGGGCAUCCCCGAGUUGCAUUACUACAACUCAGUUCGUAACGACUUCUUCGACGCGCGGAUCCUGAACAUGGAGAGCAACAACGAGCAGGCGCUGCUGGACCGAACGCUGACGCUGUACAAUCAGGAGCUGAUCAAGAAGGCCACGGACUUCGUCAACGACGAGCUGAAGUACUACGAGGAAAACGUCGUGACCAAGCCCAGGAAGACCAAGGGAGGAGGAGCCAACCAGUGCUUCGAGCUGGACAUCCUCAUCCUCGACGACAAUAACAUUAUCCUACCAACGGUCAAGAACGAGUUGGACGAGCCCUAUUUUGAAAUCUCAGGCAUUUACCCAAAUAACGGAUUCCCAGAUGAGAAUUACUCAAAAAAUUUCUGCUUCAUCAAAAUUACUUUUAAUAAGCUUGGAGGGAUGGUUCUGCGCGAUUUGUUUACCCUUGAAUGUGAGUUCCUGGUAGACUGGGGAGACAACCUACUCAUCCAGGCGAAGAAAUACACCCUCCAUGAAGUUUACCAGUCGUCCGAAUCGCAUGAUAUUAAUUUGAGGAACCUAUAUGACCAAGGGUUUGCCUAUUUACGUUGCAACAUCCCGCAGAAGAGCAAUGGAAAGGUAAAUUUAAAAGUGAGGAUCCCCAAGACGGUGUGGCAUUACUGGGAGGCUAUCACAGAUGAGACACUCAAAAUUAACUACGAAUUUUUAGAUAAGCAUAAUGUGCAUAGGCAUCUGCUCUUCUGCUCCUACUUAGAUAACGUGAAUAAGAACUUCACCGCCUAUGUUAAGAGCUCCUCCAAGGGGGCCGUCUGCGGCAGCAGCUACGGUUUGGGUAACGACGUGGGCAGCUGCAACGACGACCGGGGGGACCUCCCGAUGGAUCAUCCGAUGGAUCAUGGGAUGGACCUCCCGAUGGAUCAUCCGAUGGAUCAUGGGAUGGACCACCCGAUGGAUCAUACACUGGAUCAUGGGAUGGAUCACCCGAUGGAUCAUCCGCUUGACCAUCCGAUGGACCACCCGAUGGACCACCCGAUGGACCACCCCAUGGAUCAUCCACUUGACCACCCGCUUGACCACACCAUGGAUCACUCGAUGGAUCAUCCACUUGACCACCCGAUGGACCACCCGAUGGACCACCCGAUGGACCACCCCGUGGACCACUACCCGCCUUACCCGUCGCACCACCACCCGCACCACAGCGGCAACGGACCCAGCAGCAUCCCCUUCGACUACCCCAAGAUGGAGGAGGACUACUCCCACAGGUCUUCCAUCAUCGAGGGGAAGAAGCCCAAAGGGGGAAACACCAACAGCAGCGGCAGCGGCAAUGCCAGCGGCAACAAUGGAGGUAGUGCCGGCGCAAACCACCACUCAUCGGAGCACCUCUCCGGAGGAGGCAAGGCCAUGCAUUACGGCUACGGUUCUUCCAAAUCUGACAUCAACCUCAGCAGCGGCAUGAACAGCGGGAGGGUCAUGUACUGCCAGAGCAAUUCCUACGGCAGCCUGGAUUACUCCCUGAUGAAUAACCUCCCCCACCAGAGCUACCCCAGCUACGGCAUGAGCAACCUGCAGAACGACUCGGACACUAACUGCUCCAAGACCUUCGACCAGUACAACGCCCACCUGGAGCUGAACUAUUAG